AUAAUGAAAUUUCUGAACGUACUACAGAAAUUAUUUUUCAUUAUGAAUUAUAUAAAUAUAAACAAGAAUGUGAAAUUGAAAAUGGUUUAAUUAAUAAUAUUAGUAAUUUAGUUAAUGAAUCUGAUGAUGGGUUAUCAGAUUAUGAAAGAUCAAACUCU